GUGUGGUUAUUCAUGCACUUCCCUUUCCUCUGAUCUUUAUUAGUUCUGACACUCAAAUCUCACCUCCAAUAGUCCAAACUUGCAGCAGACUCUAAGCUCUACUAUACACCGUCUGGAUUCACAUACAGAUUCCUCACCAGCCAUCAGGAUGUGGGUUAUACUGUUGGGUCUCGCCUCUGCAUUACUGGCCUCCUCGAGAUCAGAAGAUACCACGGCAGUGCGCUCACGGAGCUGCAGCUACGCUGGAGUGUUUCACGUGGAGGGGAGAGAACGCUAUAGUCUGACGUUUGAGGGGGCCAGGAGGUUGUGUGAGCUUUUAUCCUCUUCAUUAGCCUGUCUGGAGCAGGUGGAAAUAGCCUACAAUAAAGGACUACAGACGUGCAGGUAUGGAUGGAUAAACAGCACAGAGGUGGUGAUACUCCGUCACAUCCAAAAUAUAAACUGUGCUGGCAACCAAACCGGCAUCAUCAGGAAAACUCCAGACAGAAAAAAAUACGACGCAUUCUGUUAUGAUGCUACAGAUACGUCAGAGAAGAACUGCGCAGCUAAGAUUGACCCUGAUGGCUUAAACAAAACAGAUGUCUCAGCAUUUACAGAAGUCACAACACACCAAACAAAUGCUGGAGGGGAAGAGUCUGAAAAUGUAACAUCUGAAGACACAUUUGUGUCUGAGUCGUCUACUCCAGUUCACUGGACGCAGAGCAGCCCCACACAGAACCCUGUGGAACAGAACCGCACUGAUCAGACAGAUGAUCCGGCAAACCCUGAUACACAUGAUGUGGAGUUCACAACUUCCUCAGGGCUGAGUAGGACAGCAUCUACCAGUGAAACACCAGCAAGUAAAGCAGACUGGCUCAUCAUCAUUUUACUCACCAUUUUGGCCGUUCUUCUCAUUCUGCUUGUCUGUGUUAUUGUAGCAAACAGAAAAAGAUGGUGUGGCAAGAAACAGACUCUGAUUAUUACAAAAGAGAGCAGCAGUGAAGAAAAGGGUGCAGCAGCUUCAUUCACUAAGGACCAGGAGAUGGUCAAACUCGUGAACACUGAAAAGAUCUCAGGGAACGACAACUCAGAGCUUAUCGACAUCAGUCCGGGGUCGCCGUGAUUUUGCCAAGAUCAACAAGGAAAUCACGCUCACCAUCAGUCUGGAUAAGUGAACGGAGAAACCCCAGAAGAAUGAGAACACCAGCAAUUUUACGCUAACACCUUACAAUACGGAUGCACUAAUAUGCCUUCAUUCAUGCUGAAAUAAUGCACAGACAGUCUUGAGAUAAUGUAUGAUUUAUAAAGAACUAAGCCACUCAUUAACAAUUACAUUAGCAUCUAAUAAAAUGAUUGAUAAAUAGAUUAAGGCCCGGUUUCACAGACAGGGCUUAGACUAAACCAGGA